AAAUAAUUAUGCUCAGAUUGGUGAGUAAAGUUAGAUUUUGCGUUGCUCAACGAAAUUUCUUCGUUGUUCCUCCAAUGUAUCCAGAAAAAGAGGAUCUGACUUACAGGCCUAAGAUUACAUCCUAUGACGAUUCAAGAAAGCAAAUAAAUGCUGUCUAUAAAAAGAAAUUGUCAAAAAUCAAAAGCAGAGUGAUAUAGUAUUUAUUUUAACUAUAAUUAGACGAGUUAGAGAGCUACAACCUCAAUAAGAAAACAAAUUAGAAACAAAUAAAAAGAAUGGAAAGGAUUUACUCUAAAAUGUAUUGAAACAUGUCUACAUUGAUGAAGAGACUGAUUGUCCUUUGGGAUUAUUUUUUGAUGAUUUUGUUUAUGAUAUCAAGACUAAGAGAGGACAAUAAUAUGAAGCAGAAUAUAAUCGUAAAGUUUAAGGAUUACUAUCUUAGAUGGUAUAUUAUAAUAUUUAAUAUUUAGAGAGUGAUGUCAGAAACAGAACUUCUGCAAACUUCUCAAGAUUUGUUAGUGAAGAGUGAAGCACCAGAAUAUAUAGCAAAAGCAAGAAAAGUUGUUUUUGAUAGAUUUUUAGAAGGAAUAAAAAAAUUACCAGAGGAGGAAAGAAAGUAGAUAUUAGGUGAUGAUGAUUAAGAUUUCGAGAAGAAAUUAUCUGAUGAAGCAAUUCUUAACAAAUAUGUUGAUACUAAUUCUGUGAAUGCAGUAGCUGAAGAGAUGGCAAGAGAAAAUUUAUAAAAGGAUAUAGAAGAUUUUUAAAUUUAUGAUCCAAUUUAUAAUGAUAAAAAUUAGUAAUUAACAUUUGGAAAGGCUUAUUUAAAAGAUCUUGAUUUUUAUGAAUCAGGAUGUACAGUUGAAGAAAUAUCAGAUGAUGAAAGAUUAUUAAAAAUGAGAUACAUUAGACCUUCUGAUGGUUAAGAAGCAUUAUAAACUGAAUAGUCAAUAAUUGAGAAAGUGAAUUUAAAUUUUGUAAAGAGAGCAUAUUUAAAAAGAUUAGCUAAUGCUAGCUAAGAAAUUAAGGAGCCUAAAAGAUUUAUACAUGGUAAAGAUUAAGAAUUAUACGAAUAAAAACAAUUAAGAAAAUACUUCUAAAAUUUAGAUAAAUCAUCAAUUAUACUAGAUUUAAAGGCAAAGAGAAUUGGUAAAAGAAUAAGUGAUCCAGUGAAGUUUUAAGAUGUUGUUGAGAAUAUUGACUAUUUAUUAUAAGGUGCUCCAAGAUUCUUAAAGAAAUUGUAUAAUGAUCCAAACAAUAAAAUAAAAGGAUAUGAAUCAGUAUUUUAAGAUAUUGAAAAGACAGGAUAAAGUCUAUUUUGGAAAGAUUUUAAAUCUUCAUUUUAGACAAUAUUUCCUCGUGUAAAAGAGAAUAAGAAAGUAGAUAGAUUUGUCGAUAUAAAAAAAUAACCAUAUAAUAGACAGUAUAGAAUAGUUUUAUUUUAGUGUUAAAGAGAUGUUUUAGGAAAAGGUUGAGAAAUUGAAGAAAGACAAAUAUUAGUUUUCGAUGGAAUUAUAUAAAGAAUUUGAGAAGCCAAGUAAUUUAGAGUUCUUCCAUCAUUAUUUAACAAAUACUUUUAAAUUAAAUAGAGAAUAAAUAAAUGAUGGACUAUAAGCAUUUAGUGAUAAUAUAAAUCCAUAUACAUAUGAAGUACCAAGUACAGCAAUGAUGGCAGAUGAUGCUGAUCCAGAUUUCAAGGAUGUAGUAGAAGAGGAUAUUAAAAUAGAAGAUUUCAAAGAAAAGAGUGCAGUUUAAAUAGAUUAAUUAAUUGAGAAAGAUUACAGUGAAUCAUCAUUAUUAUAAUAUAUUGGGAGAGGAAGAAGAAAGUCUUCGAUAUGUUAUGUAUAAUUAAAGAAAGGAGUUGGAGAAGUAACAAUUAAUGGUAAGAAUAUCAUCAAUUAUUUUACUCAUCCUUUGUACAGAAGAACUGCAUUAAGAGUUUUAGAGUUGGCUCAUCUCUCUUGUUUAGUAGAUGUGAAUGUGUAAUAUACUAUUUUAAAUAAUUAGUGUAAUAAAAGGAGGUAGUUAGUCAACCUAGUCUCAAUGUAUAUGUUCAGCAUUGAGUAGAGCAAUUGUUAAGAUGUGUCCCAGUAUUAAGGGAAUAUUUAGAAAAUUAGGAUUAACUCUAACAGAUACUAGAUAGGUUGAGAGAAAGAAGCUUGGAUUGUAUAAAGCUAGAAAGAAGUAUCCUUACAGCAGAAGAUGAGAGUGAUGUUAUUAUAAUUUUUAUCUAUAUAUUAAAUAUUUUUACAGAG